AUGGCUAAGAGACCUUUGGGAUUAGGUAAGCAGAAGCAAAACAAGAAGACUAAAGUUGAGAGCUCUUCUGGGGAAGUUUCCCGUGAAAGCACUCCAGUUGCCAGUCAGAUUGAGGUUGAGCUAGCGGAUGACGUUGAUGCUGAUGACGAGUUGGUGCAGUUGAAGGGUCUGUGGCAGACUUACUUUGACUCUGACAGAGACAGCGAGUAUGUCUUGAACGGUAUUGUGCAUGAGUGUGACCGUUUGUUGCGUGAAGCUGACAAAGAAGGCAAGAUCAAGGAGUUGAGCGAUGUUUUCCACGCCAUCUAUGCGCUGGCUUUGUCUGAAUUGACUAUCUUCAAAGCAGGUGAGGAAGAGGACGAGAAGAAGAAGAAGGAAGAGAUUGCUCAGUUCUUCGACAACGCUUUGGAGAGAUGCAGCUUGGGUGAGUCCGACUGCGGUAAGUCUGAUCUAUUGGACCUGGUUAAGGCCAAGGUUAUUAUUCAAAGAGUUCCAUUGGAGCACAUGUCUGCCCUCACUGUCAGCAGCAAGAGUGGUCUAAACCUAAACACUCUGGUUGAAGACGCUAAGAAGCACUUCAAAGUCUCCACCAAGGAUUUGAGCUUGGUCUAUGAAGUUCUAGAGAUGUUCGAUGAUUUGUUGGAUAUCACUGAAAACUUCGGUCAUGAGGAACAAAUCGCUGAAGGUUUGGACAGUGACGAUGAGGAAGAUCUAGAGCCAAUCCAAUUGGACAAGAAGCACCCAGUCUACGAAAUGCAACAGAACCUGGCCUCUAACUACAAGUGGUUGAAGGAACAAUUGAUUGCCCUGCUAGGCCAAUUGAACAAGAAGGACCACGCCAAGUUGUACCACUUGACCGCGAAGAAGAUCGGUGAGCUAUACUUGAAGGAUGCUGAGGAGCCAACAAACGUAUAUCUGUCCCUAGCCUACGAUGACGAUGAAUCUAAGCAAUCAUCCAAGGACUGCAAGGAAUCUCAAGCCAGCGCUUUGAAGCUAGUUCAGAAUGCCAUCGACUACUUGGACAAAGCACAAAUCGAAGAUGAGCCAGAAACUUGGGCCCAGGUUGCCGAAGCAUACAUCGAUCUCGGUAACCUGCAUGACAACGAGUCCUCUGAGCAAGAAAAGGCUUACCAAACCGCAGAGACAUUAUUGACAAAGGCCAAUACUGCUACCCACGGUAAGUACGACGACAUCCUGGAGAACUUGAAGCAAUAA